AUGCCUGAGGGGGCGGGUCGCGACAGCCAGAAGAAGUCCAGCAACCAAGCUGCCAAGCGCCCCUCCUCCGUGUCCUCCUUGAGUAGCAUCGUCAGCCGCAUGGCCUCAUCAGGUGGUGCCUCUCGUGGGAGCUGCACCUCCGUCAACACAGUAUGUUCAGACAGUGACCGUGGAGCAAGCCUCAGCUCAUCCGCCUCCUCUGCCUCGCUGCAGGAUGGCCACUCUUCUUCCUCCUCUUCCUCAUUACCUUAUGGAGCAGUGCCAGCCUACACCUCCUCACCACAGCGCAACGGCUCUGACAUCAGUCUGGAUCUCACGCCGCUCUCCCAGCUUUUGGAGGAACGUGGGCGGAGUUCAGGAGGAGCAGUCACCAUGGCAACAAAGGACUCUAAUCUACCGACUUUAUCUGCAACCACACCUACGCCCAAGCUCUCUCGACUGGAAAGGGUGGUGCGGGAGAUAGUGGAGACAGAGCAGGCCUAUGUACGGGAUCUCAAGAGUAUAGUGGAGGACUAUCUGGGAUGCAUCAUAGACUGUGGGGACCUGCCACUCAAACCCCAGGAGGUCAGCACGCUGUUUUGCAACAUUGAGGACAUCUACGAGUUCAACAGUGAGCUUCUGGAAGACUUGGAGAGGUGCCCCCAUGCUGCCGCUAUAGCGGAGUGCUUUGUAGAGAGGAGUGAAGCUUUUGAUAUUUACACCAUAUACUGUAUGAAUUACCCCAACUCUGUGGCCAUCCUGAGAGACUGCAUGAAGAAUGAAAGCCUGGUACGCUUCUUCCAGGAGCGGCAGGCCACCCUCUGCCACUCUCUGCCCUUAGAAACUUACUUACUUAAGCCUGUCCAAAGGAUCCUCAAGUACCACCUCCUGCUACAGGAAUUGUCCAAGCACUUUGACAAAAAUGACACAGGAUAUGAAGUGGUCGAAGAUGCAAUUAUAACCAUGACAGCAGUGGCAUGGUACAUCAAUGACAUGAAGAGAAAACAGGAGCAUGCCGUCAGACUACAGGAAAUCGAAAGCCUGUUGGUGAAUUGGACUGGUCCUGAUCUCAGUGGGUUUGGCGAGCUUGUUCUAGAAGGUUCUUUCCGAGUGCAACGGGUUAAGAAGGAGAGGGCAUUUUUCCUUUUUGAUAAAAUGCUGCUGAUUGCUAAAAAGAGACUAGAGCACUUCAUCUACAGCACACAUAUCUUUUGCUGUAACCUUGUACUAGUGGAGAACAUGAAGGACCCCCUUUGUUUCAAGGUGUCUGACCAGACCAUUCCAAAACAGCAGCACAUUGUUCAGGCUAAAAACCAGGAGGAGAAGCGGUUGUGGCUACACUACCUCAAGAGGCUAAUAGUAGAGAACCAUCCUGCAUCAUUACCCCAGAAGGCAAGGCAGGUUCUUGGUGACAACUUCUGUCAGUGUAAGUACCAAUGUCUUUUCAGUUUGAUCAUGACUCAGUUCGAAAGCCCUCCGCUUCUCCACGGCUGGAUGACUCCCGUGGCUAUCAUCGAGGAAGGAGACAGUCAGGUGUGUAGUUUCUGGUAG